AUGAUUGAUCCUCGCAUUGACCUUUUGGAUAGAUCGCUUUUUGAAAACAAGCAUAUCUUGGAUAUUGGUUGUAAUACUGGCAACAUUUGUAUAGCAUUAGCCAAGAAAUACAAUGUAGCCUCUGUUCAUGGUAUUGAUAUCGAUGAAAAGCUAAUAUACAAAGCACAAAAAAAUCUUCGUAUUGCUUAUUCACUUGAAAAUCCUCACAAACAAACUGACGAUGCAAUUGACCUUAGCUUUCGAUUUCACUAUUUCCCCCAGUCCAUGACAAAUAUGUUUGGUCUUAUGCCGAUGGCACUUCCACCUACACUUGAAAGUGAAAAAAAGAAUCAAUAUCCUUACAAUGUUCAUUUUGAAACUUUAGAUUGGAUUGCUACAAAAGAAGCGGAACAUGCAAACCAUUACGAUACUAUAUUAGCAUUAAGCAUAACAAAAUGGAUUCAAUUGCAUCACGGAGAUAAAGGAUUAAAAUCGUUUUUUAAAAAAAUUUAUGAUUCCUUAGCACCUGGUGGUACAUUUGUAUUAGAACCUCAAGAUUUCGAUACUUUUCAAAAGAGAGCCAAGGAAAUUAAUCCAUCCAAAAAUGUUCAAGAGGAGCUCGAGUUUCGACCUGAACAUUAUACAGAUUUUUUAAUCAACAAGUUGGGAUUCAAAGAAUAUCAUGAUUUAGGUAUACCAAAGGGAGAAGUUAAAGGCUUUUCAAGACCCGUUUUAAUUUACAUUAAAUAA